AAGCAAAACUCUGCAAAUUGGCGAAACAACACACGCUCCAUCCCGCACUGUGGACCCUGAUCGGCACAGAAACAUCCAAGCCCCGUGCCCGUUCGUAUCUCUACCCAAAAGCAGAUGAUCCCAAUCAAACUAGGGCAAGCUAAGGGCCCCCAGGAAUCAGGAUCGCUUUUGGGAGCUGAAUAAGCGAAAUGCGUCUGACAAGCAGGUCCGCGCGCAUUCGACAAAAUAAUCAGCCUUGUCCCCUUACUUCUUCAACUUCUUCUCUCAUCCUUUCGGCCCCGAGAAUGCGCCUUGCCUCGGCCCUUUACCGUCCCCUACGCAGAUCCAGUGCCAGUGCCAGUCCCAUUCAUUAAACCUACUACCACCAUGUCUACCUCGGACAUCAAAGGCUACGCCAUUCGUCGCAAUAAUUCAUGUCUCAGCGACGAAGUCGGAUGCGGGCCGACAUGGGAGACCUGGCACGCUUGCUGCCCAUCCGGGUCCAAAUGUCCCGGAAAAGAGUACUCGAUUCAAAACAAUGUCUGCUGUCCGACUUGGACGGACUGCACUUCCGAGAUCAAACCUGCCACCUGCGCCAAUAGCUCCUGGAAUAUGUACGACUACGAUGGGUAUUUCUGCUGCACUGAAGACGAGAGUGGAUUCAGACUCAAGGGGACAGACUGGGUGGGCUGCUUGAGCCCCGAUUCGCCGGGUAAUGCCAGUUAUAGCGCCUUGAGGUUGAUCGCAACAACCUCCUCAACCGCAACUUCAGCCCCCACAUCCACAUCCGCAUCAACGGCCACAGCAUCAGCAGCAACAACCACAGCAGCAUCAUCCACCGGUUCCGGCUCAAGCACCAACACGGGCGCAAUAGCCGGAGGCGUCGUCGGCGGUGUCGCCGGCGUCGCAGCGAUAGCCGGCCUUCUUUUCUACUUCCUGCGACGGCGCAAUAAACAACGACCAGAGUCACAGACACAGAUGCAUCUUCAACCACAGGACCCUAGUCCUCAAUACUCGGCAUACGCCUACAGUCAAACUCAGCAAGCGUAUUCCGCCCCAGUCAGCGAACUAGAUGGCCAGUCUGCGCCUGUGGAAUUACCCUCGAAUCAUGCUCCGAAAGCUGAGUUGGCGGAGUAUCGGUGAUGAACAUUGCAUUCUCAAGGAUGGUUAUUUUGCACAUAGCGGGCGGGCCUCCUGGAGGUACUGGUUGGUACUUUCUGUUAAGUAGGUUUAUUUUUUUUCUUAUGUUUUAUGAUGUGUUGGGAUAGGGUGCCGCGGGUCGGCUACGAGAGUGUGAAAAUAUGCAGAUAAUUUCAUACAUGGUUAAUUCUACAUUGGUGAGAUUAUGAACAGAGAUACGAGGGAACAAGCCAUCCGUUGAACACUGACAGAAAGCUUUACGGGGUGGACAGACACUGUCUAUGAUGGAAGCCAAUCUGCACAUAUUAUGGGCUAUCUAAGAGGGAAGGAA